AUGUCGGGCCCCGGCGGGCCGCGGCCUCCGCCGGCAGGGCCGGCGGCAGGAGCAGCAGCGGGAUGUGCUGGAGCCAGCAAAGCCCCGAGCUCCCGGAGAAGUUCCACGGCUUCCCAGGGAAAACCCGGAGAGAGGAGGGCCCUGGUGGGCAGCCAGGGAGCUGUGCAGGUUUUUGAUGAUGAAGGGAAGGAUGUGACACCCCAUCCCCUCUUCCAUCCUGACCCAAACGCUGCUCUACCCAGGACACAUGAAAGCAGCAUAUCAACAACCAAGUCUGGCCUAGAUGAAACAGAGCCUCAACAAGACCCAACUUCGAGCUUGUCUGCUGUGCAGGAGGAGGGGGAAGCUGCCCUGACAGAAGCGGAGCUGGAGCAGAGGGUGGAUAUUCUCCUGUCGGAGACAGACACGCUCUGGAUGUUGGAUCUGCCAACUGCUGUGGUGUCCACGGAGGCAGAGGAGGCUGUGAGAGUUCUGGAGAGGAAUAAGAUCUAUACAGAGAUCUGCAACGCUAAAAUUGACAGUGAGUACUUUGAAGAAAAAACGGUGCAAACCAUCUCUGGAGCUGCCAAAACCAAGGAAGUGCAAUGUGAGACAAUCACCGUGGCAGAGAAAGGGGUGAUGGUGACUUCCUGGGAUUUGGACAAUUCGCUGAAUGCCUCAGGAACAGAACCUGCAGAGACAGAGGAAGCCAGAGCCCCAGCAGGGAAAGGCAGCAAAUCUGCCACAGCUGAAGAGCACGGCCAGGCUGCGGCUGUCCCUUCUGCCAGAGAGAGCGCUGUUCCUGCCAGGAGCCACGAGGAGAAGGAACGCCGUUCAGAACAGAUCCUAACUUCAGCAAACCUGCAGCAGGAUUUAGUUGUCAUGGAGAGGAUUCUCAUGGAGAACAUCUUCCAGCCCAAACUCGCAGUUUAUCGGCAGAUUCCCGUCCUUAUAGAACCCGUCGUUACCUCCGACGCUGACGCGGAGGAAGCUGAGGAGGAAGAGGAUGAGGAGAAGGAGGAGGAGCAGCAGGAGGAGGCUUUGUCAGAUGCAAAUGAGAGGCCAGCAGAAGGUGCAGGUGCCAGGCUGGAGCAGCUGUGGUCGUACAGGUGUGAUCUAACUAGCGGGCACGGCGUGAGCAGCAUGGCUUGGAACAAAGUGAACCCUGAUCUCUUAGCAGUUGGUUACAGAGAGUUUGUUUCUCAGGAUCAGAAGAAAGGCCUGGCUUGCUGCUGGUCACUGAAGAACCCCAUGUGGCCAGAGCGCGUUUUCCGCUGCGAGCACGGCGUCACCGCCGUGGAUUUUUCCCUGGCAAGGCCAAAUCUCUUGGCAGUUGGGAUGGCCAAUGGAUGCGUGGCCAUCUACGACGUCGGGAGCCGCAGCGACGCCGCGCUGCUGGACAGCAGUGCAUCCCUAAAUAAACACAAAGGUCCUGUGUGGCAGCUGAGGUGGGUGGAACAGGACAGAGGUGCAACAGCAGGUGACAAAAAAGAGAGACUGGUGUGUAUCUCGGGAGAUGGGCGAAUGACCCAGUGGUUCAUUCAGCAGAGGCUGGAUUGCUCUGAUGUGAUGAAAAUCAAGAGAACAGAAAGUGAGAAGAAAAAAUUACCAGGUGAGAGAGAAAGGAAGAGUGAAGCUCCCAUAUCCCAACAGGCAGCUGGAAUGUGCUUUGACUUCCAUCCAGAGGAUCCUGAUAUUUUUCUUGCUGGAACAGAAGAGGGCCACAUCCACUGCUGCUCUUGCUCGGGCAAGGAGCCGAUUCUGGGGACGUACAGAGGCCAUAAGGGCCCCGUGUACAAAGUCUCCUGGAACCCCUCCAGCACGGAGAUGUUCCUCAGCUGCUCUGCAGACUGGAGCAUCCUUUUGUGGCACCAGGAUUCCCACACCCCCCUCUUAACCUUCACUUCUGUCCCAGCUUCUGUUCACGACAUCAAGUGGGCUCCAAAAUCAGCCUUCAUCUUCGCAGCAGUGAAUGAGAGGAGGGUGGAGAUUUGGGACCUGACUGUCAGCAUCUUCAACCCCGUGCUCUCCUGUGCUGCCAGCCCCGAAGGGAACCUCAGCUCGCUGCUGUUUGCCAGGAACGCCGAGUGCCUGCUCCUGGGGGACAGCGGUGGCCAGGUGGGCGUGUGGCAGCUGCAGGGCCUGGCUGUCCCCAGCACCGACCAGGUUGGUUCCUUGCGUGACAUUGUUGCUCCUGCUGGAGCUGUUCAACAGUAGCUGGUGUCCCCUCUCCUUCAGGAAACCCUCGCUGUAGUAUGAACACAAGCAGCUUAUCCUUUUUGAAUCAAUAAAGUUUCUCUUUGAAGCCA